AUGGGGAAUUGCUUAGUUCUUGAAGAGAAAGUAGUCAGAGUGAUGAAAACCGAUGGCAAAAUCCUUGAAUACCGACGACCCAUCAAAGUACAACAAGUUUUAUCCGAUUUCUCCGAUCACGCCUUGUCGGAAUCAUUUUCUGCUUGCCGGAAUCUUCAUCCGGACACAAAGUUGUUACCGGGUAUGUUAUAUUACCUUGUUCCGUCACCCUCGAUAAAGAGUAAGAAAAAGAAGGUGAGGUUUUCGAGUACACCAGAGGUGAAGGAUGAUGAAGAAGGAAGCCAUGGUGUUGUGAGGAUUAAAUUGAUAAUCAGUAAAAAGGAACUAGAAAAGUUGGUUCAAAAAGAUGGAGUUUCAGUUCAUGAGAUGGUGUCGAAGAUACAAAGUAAGCAAAGCAUAAAUGGAGUUGAUGAUGAUGAUGAUGGUGAUGAUGAUAGUUGCAGAAAGUGGAAGCCUGCAUUAGAGAGUAUAGCUGAAGUAAACUAG